ACCGACGCUGGGUCCUGGCCGAACGAAACCGUCUGGAGUCCGAGGACUUACAGUAAUCAUCCCAUGGCUAUCCUCUUAUCUUCAACUUGAGUGCGCCCGUAGCUGGGUGAACAGACGAGGUACUCGUCCGCUGUGCAGACUCGCGGACUCGGAAUGGCUGUCGACGAACGGACACCCUUGCUGAACGAUGCCCAGGAGGAAGUGAACACGAAUGGGCACGCACAAAACGGUGUUGACGAGGCGGCAUGUCCACAAGAUGAGGGUGCCCCGAAGCUCCAGGUGUCUAUGCCAGCAGUGAUGAGUUCCAUGAUGCUUGGCAUCUUCCUCAUGGCACUGGAUGGAACCAUUGUAGCCUCGACGUAUGCCUCCAUUGGCAGUGAGUUCCAUCGUUUAGAAAACACCAGCUGGAUCGCCACCGGAUACAUGCUCACAAUGACGAGCUUCCAACCACUAUACGGGAAGCUCAGUGACAUCUUCGGGCGGAAGGCAUGCCUCAUGUGUGCCAUGUCUAUCUUUGCCGUCGGUAGUCUGCUAUGCGGCCUCGCUCCCGACAUGAAUUCUCUGGUCAUCGCACGCGCAAUCGCGGGUAUUGGCGGCGGAGGUGUUGCAACAGUCAGUGUCAUCCUGAUGUCUGACAUCGUCCCGUUGCGUAGCCGGGGAACGUUGCAAGGAAUAGGCAACGUUGUGUUCGCAAGCGGCCAGGCGACUGGUGCGCCGAUUGGAGGUCUUUUCGCAGAUACAAUCGGGUGGAGAUGGGCAUUCAUCAUCCAGGUGCCCAUAGCCAUCCUAGCACUACUGUCAAUAGGCUUCGGCCUCAAGCUCCCUCCCAAAGAAAAUCAGGAAGACGUCAAAGCGAAGCUCAAGCGCAUCGACUUCGCUGGCGCCUUCACACUUGUGAUCGCCAUCUUCGCGCUCCUCCUCGCGCUCGACCGCGGUGGCAACGUCGCGUGGUCGGACCGUUUCACCAUCGCGGCCUUCGCAGUGUCCGGCGCCUUGACCGCCCUGUUCAUCAUCAUCGAGGUGUACGUAGCGUCGGAGCCCAUCACGCCGGGGCACAUCGUCGGGAACCGCACCCUGUUCUGCAUCUAUAUGGCGAACUUCCUUAUGGUUGGCGCGAACAUGACGAUGCUCUUCACGGUCCCGCUGUAUCUGCAGGCCGUCCGGCGGUUCACGCCCAGCCAGGUCGGGCUGACCCUUCUGUCGAACGUCAUUGCCGGGGCGAUCGGUAGCGUGCUCGCUGGGCUGGUCAUCAAGGCGACUGGAAAGUACUACUUGUUCACGAUCCUGCUCUAUUUCCUGUCGUUCGUUGGCAAUGUGAUCAUUGCGGGGGUGACCGGCCCUGUGGCGUUCACCCUUGCUGGCCUGUGCACCGGUCUGGCAUUGAUGAACUUCGGAGGAUGGGGCAGCUUGACUACCACGCUUGUAGCCAUGCUCGCAAACGCCGGGCAGCAAAAUCAGGCCGUUGCAACAGCUGUCUCGUAUCUGUUCCGUUCCUUGGGUGGCGUCGUCAUACUCUCCGCGUCAAUGACCCUCACGCAAGAGACCCUGCGCCAGCACCUGCGCGCGCGUCUCACGGGCGCCGACGUUGAGGAGAUAAUCAAACGCGUGCGCGAGUCGCUCAGCUACAUCGACGAGCUCAGCCCGGAGGUCCGCGCGCUGGUGCGGAGCUCGUACCAGGACGCGGCGCAGAGGUCGCUGUGGUUCGCGGUGUCGCUGUCCGCGCUGACCAUCGUGUUUGCGGUGUUCAUCAAGGAGAAGGCUCUACCCAGGUAGAACAAAAGGGUUCAAGUGCAGCGAGAUGACC